AUGAGUUUUCCGUAUGAUCUAAGCGUACUUCGUAUCUAUACAAGUUUGCUUGUUCCUUCAAGCAGUACUAAAAUUAAAUCUGGAUCUAUCGACCUAGUUAAUCAUGUCAAAGAAUUUAUAAAUCGUGUUCCAUACCUCGCUGAACCACUGACUGAAUCAUUAUUAAAAAACUUGUCUCCACGAAAUGCGUCAUUAUACCCACAGCUUACCAGUAAUAUCGAGAAGAAAUUAUACAUGCAGGUUGUUUUAAAUAAACCACGAACGGUCAUGACUGUCAAUUCAAAAAUAACCUCAUCAUCUACCAGUUUAACUGAGAGGAAUAAUAUCUUCUCAGGAGUCUACUUGGUAUCAGGAACACAAGGUUAUGUUGAUCAAGAUUUAGGUCUUGUUGUAUGGCGUAUUGAAUAUUCUCUGUGGCACGUAAUUGGCAAUGAGAUUUAUUUAGCUGAAUUGGCACUUAACGAUUUUCAUAAAUCUAUUGCUUCAUCUAAGGAUAAAUAUGAAGCUCGUGUAAUAUUAAAUACUACGUCAUAUGAUUCUGAGUUACUUCAAACUCAAGCUGAAUUUUAUGCUCAAUUUUAUACUAGGUUAACACGAUUGUUGGAUCUCCUUGAGUUUAUAUCCGCUUGUUUCAAGUGUGAUUUGUAUAUUUCUCAAUGUUUAAUAUCAAUUGAAUAUAUUUGGAUGAUAAUUUUACGUUAUUUAAAUAUUAUACCAUCUGACCAAGUCAAUUUAAUUGUUCAGUAUAUCACUAAUAACAUAUCAUCAUCGUCAUUCAUUAAAAUACAUCGAAAUUUUUAUGGAAAAAUUAAAUCUUCAAAUGAAAUAAUAACAAAUCGUAAUUCAAUUGAUGAAUUAAUUAUUCAUUCAUUAUUACCUAAUUUAUUGUGUUUAAUUGGACAUUCGUUAUUAAAUUUACCUACAUUAAGAUCAAAGCAGUUAAUUAUGGAAAAUAUUAAUCUAUUGACUAGUGUAUUAAAUAAUAGUCAUAGUAUUAUACCACGUAUGGUUAUUAAUCAGAAUAGUCAAAACUCACAACUAACAUUUGGACUUAAUUCUUGUUAUUUAAUUAACACUAUUCUUAAUUAUAAUUCAUCGGAACCAAUUAAUUUUUUAACUUUUCACCAAGUAACAUCAUUACAUCAUUAUUCAACAAAUGAAUAUCAAUUACUUAUUUCAUAUAUUAAUUUUAUAUCUGGAUUAUUUUUCUUUAUUCGAUGGGCAUAUUCUAAUUCAGAAUUUAUUAUUGAAAAUAUUCAUAUUGAUAUUAUACCAUUAUAUAUUGAAUGUUCUGAAUUAAUUCAUGGAUGUCUUGUGUUUAUUAUUCAAUAUCUUAUGAUAAUGUGCUCACAAGUAGAUUAUUGUAAUGAAAAUUUCAAUAUUCAUUCUAUUAAUAAUGGGUUAAUUCAAAAAAAUCUUUUAUUAAAAGUAGAUUUUGAUCAAUUAGCUAAUUUAGCCGAACAUUGUUUCAUGUUAUUAACCGAUGUAUUAACAACUCGUACAUCGGAACAAGAUAUACAAAUUUUACGAAUGAUUUUAAAACAACUUAAACAAGAAUCUUCAUCAUCUUCAACAUCAUUGUUUCAUUUAUUUCCUAAAUUCAUAUCUGAAGAACAUCAUUGGCCUAUAACUUAUCAAUGUAUCACAUUACAUUUAUUACUCAAUGAUACACGUUCAUUAAAUGCUUUAAUAGCAUUCUCAUCAAUUCACCAAAGUAUUUUAUUGAGACAAACAGAAACCAUUGAAUACGGUUUCCCUAUGUCAGUCUACUUGAAUAAUUGUGAUAUUUCAAGGAAAACAAUUCUAGUGGAUAAUAGUAGUUCACCAACUGUAAGAGCUGUUUGGUUAUCGCUUACAUUAGUUCAUCAUUUACUUAACUUAGAAAAUAAAUUAAUGAUUGAACCAGAGAAUUCGAAUUCAACACCUCCUCUAUUGACCAGUUUGCAGUGUUAUUCUAAUUCAUUCACUGGGGAUCGUUACAUCACCACCUUAUUCUCUUAUCUUCGGUAUUCGUUUAGUGUUGGAAUUUCUCGUUUGGUUGUUGCAUUACUAAAGUGGAUAACACAGUAUUCAUCUGUUGAUAUUACAAAUUAUUUGGGCAAUGAGUCAAAUCAAAUACGUGCAUCUUGCCUGAAGAGAUUAGUGUCCACUACAGAAGAUCAAUUGGUACGUGUUGGAUUGUAUGAUUUAUUAUCAGAGACAGUAUUAAAUAGUGAAAAAUACGGACCUAUUAGUUCACGAUUGCCAGUUGGGCUAUUGCGUUUACUUUUAACAGAUGGAACUAUUAUAGGUUCAGAUAUGGAGUUGAAUAGAACGAUGGCUACUAAAUCCAAAGAAAUUUCAAAUUCUGAUUGUUUGGAUUGUGUAAUAGAUACACUUAAGGAACUUCAGAUUAAAUCUUUCCAGAAACAGUUUGACGAUAAUGAAAAUACUAAUAAUAAUCAGUUAUCAACUGUAUUGUUUUGGAGUGUGACGAAAUUUAUCUCAUCUCUUUAUCUCCUAAAUAUUCAACCAUGCAUUGUAAAUUUAAAACAAAGGUGUGACUUUUGGAAAACUCUGACUGAUCCUUUUUUCACUUUUUUAAGAUUACAAGAAUCCGAAAAGGAACCAUUAUCAGAUAUUGAAAAUGAACUCUGUGGAGAUGUUGUCAGUAUUUUAGCGUUAGAACUCUACAAUAAGACAAGCUAUACAACAAACGAUGAGAGUUUUAAAUCGUUUACAUCAGUUAUGGAUUAUUUUGUGAAGAAUAAUUUGUAUAAUUUAUGGUUUAAGUUAACUCGUAAAUGUUUACAUAAAAUAUUAUCGUCCAGUGAAUCAGAAGAUGUAUCUGUAGAAUAUCUUCAAUCUCGGCUAACAUCUCUACACAAUGUAACAUGUCGUUGGAAAUGUUUAUUAUUGUUAAACUACAAUGAUGACAAUGUCGAUGAUAAUAAUUUUGAUAGUAAUGGUAGUAACUCCAAUAGAAACCAAUUAAUGAAUUCAAGAAAGCAAUCAAAAGAUAAUUUUACUACAAUACCUUUAUCGAUUUUGAAUGAUUUAAUUGAGUGUUUCAAUCUAUUGCGUGAUCUACCGCCGAUUCAGUCAACUUUUGAUUUAGGAAAUCAAUUAGCUACAAUACUCAAUACAACUUUAGUGUAUUUAUAUAAAACUUAUAAUACGUCAAAGAAAAACACACCAAUCGAAGAAUUAUCAACGAAUGAUUUGGCUAAUUAUUUAACAAAACUGAAUGAUCUCUUGUCAAGUUUCCAACUGGCUAUAGAUUUCCAAAUUCAGCAUAUGCAUUCAGAUUUACUAGCCAGUACUUACAUACUGUUCAGUUGGUAUGAUUCGAAAAGAUUAAAUGAAAAAACCACAGAUGAUAAGUUUGAACUACUUCAAUCUUCUUUAUUCAAUAAUGCAAUUUGCUUUUUAAGCCUACUCACACGUAAUCCUAACAUAAGUAAAAUUGAAGAAUCUGCUAUUUUACAAUCGGUCAAUCUAAUCAUCUUCUUAUGGGAUCAUAAUCAAUCUACAACAUUGUUUACACGUCUCACUGAUACUGGUGUUUUGAAUAAUAUUUUCAUUUUAUUGACUGAAUGUACCAAACUUAAAGAUGGUGCAACUCUUAGUCAUAGUUUAAUUAGCUUACUUGUGAAAUUAGUGAUCAAUUCAUCUCAACCUUUGUGUAAUAUGGCAACACUAACCAACACAUCCAAUGUAAAUAAAUUACCUCAUCCUAUAAGAACAGAUUUAGACGAAUCAAUUGAUCAAUGUACUGAUGAGUCAGAGAAUAAUUUAUUAAAUAAACCGAAGAAUAUAAUUACUCAAUUAGUUUUAUCCUAUCAUGAAUAUAUAUCACAAGCAUUCUGUUGGCCUCAGUUAGAUACUUUACGUCAAUGGUUACAAGAUGGUGAAUCGUAUUCAAAUAUACAAGCUAAUUCAUUUGAUGAUCAUUGUUACAUGAGACAAACGCAAUCUGUAAAUUACGAUUGGAAUGCUGUACUUAUCUUGGAGAUGCGAUUUCUAUGCUUACUUCAUGAUAAUCUUGGAGGUAUGAAGCAUCCAUUAGUCUAUUCGCUAAUACAAAAUUUUUGUAUGGAUAAUGCUAGUCAAUUGGAAUUCUUUGUGAAUUAUUGGUGUUCAUCAUUGUAUAAUAAUAAUAAUACAUCCAUUAAUGAUCAACAUCUUAUGUCUCCAUUACCGAUCACUAGUGUAUUAAUUCAACAAGGUAUAUUGUCCACAGAUCGAAUUCAAUUAGCUGAAACUAUUUUAAAGUUAUAUUGGCGUAUUCUAGUUGCUGCUGAAUAUAUCAGUACAUCAGGUCUACCUAUAAUAGCAUCAAAUAUCCUAUAUUCAAACCAUUCACGAAUUGCAAAUCUCAAUUCACAUAUACCAUUGCCAUCUUAUGGUCCUACUGUACAUUCGGAAUUCUUUAACACAGUAUUCAAUCUUAUUCAAUGCCAAAUACAUUGUUGUUCAAUAUUGUUUCAACGUCAUGGUUUUAAAUCAUUUAAAAGUGUUUCAUUCUCAGGAUCACAUAUAACACCAACUAAGUCUGGAAUUACCGGUCAAUCAUCAUCUAGUCCAUCAGGUAUACUUUCAUCGACGCUGCCUCAAACAACAUUAAUGAUGAGUAAAUCAAAUGAAGUUGUGACAAGUUCACAUUCUGUUAGCUCAGUAUCAAUGGAAUCAUCUGGUUCAGAGACUAGUGGAUUAAAAUUCCUUUAUCUCAUACGACAUCUUAUUAUGUCACUUAGCGUAUUAAUGGUUCAAUUGCCUAUCCUCGGCAAAGCAUCUUUAAUGACAUCUGAUGAAUUGAAAUACUUGAAAGUUCAUGUUCAUCUUACAUUUAAUAGUCCUAAUUUAAAUGACAAUUCAACUGUAUUAACAUUUGGUGUUCUAAUUACCUUAGCUAAUUCAUUAGGCAGUUUAUCUUCAAAAUUAAGUAGUGUAUGGAAGUCCUGUCAAUCUAGUGAAUCAGUAAUUGCACAAAGAAAACGAGAACUCUGUUCUUUGGUUCAACGUGCUUAUGAAAUGGUUCUAUCGAUAAUUUUCUCUCAGUCUACUAUACUUUUGACGAGUCCAUCUGUUAGACCUAUGGAUAAACAAUUACUUUUACGUGAAUUAACUGCUGAAUUGGAAGCUUGUCACUCUUUUGGUAUAUCUUUGCGCCGUACAUCUUCUGUUGGACAUCCUAUCACAAAUACGUUUUUACCUCGAAGUCCAAGCAGUCGAUCUUCCAGUACACAUUUACGUUUAAGUUCAGCAUCUCCUCAAACACCGGCUUCGAGCUCAAGUCAUUUACGGAAUGCACCACCGCCUUUAGGUUCAACUAUCCCAUUAACAGAUUCAUCCAGUUUCGGUUUUGAUAAAGCUGCUAAUCGGUUCAUAGAACUUUCACGUCUUAGUUUGUAAAUGUUUUUUUCAUCUUCAAGUGAAUUCUUUUUCAUUGUAUUUCUAAAAUAAAUCUUUGUAUGCGCUUGUAUAUGUUUAGAUUUAUGUUACUUAGUAUAAAUGAAUGUUAUUAUAAAUAUUUCCCUUUUUACU